AACAUUAAAAACAUAUGGAUAUUAGUUGAACGUGCAACAAACUGUGAAUUAAUGAACAAUGACUGAACCAAAAGAUAAGAACGAUGAAAUUAUCUUCGUGGACGAGGUGGCUGAUGAAGUAUUAGAACCUCUGACCGACAAGUUGGAAGCGACGAUCACACCACACUCUGGUUCUAUGUUAGAGACAGACAACAUAAACAAUCCACGGCCAACUUCCGGAUCUGAGAUCGACGACUCUGAAUCGGACGAUGAAUUGUCAAGAAAGGUUGAUCUGGCAGGCGAAGAUGCUAGCUCUUCGCAAUGGAUACGUUUCCACCGGCAUAAUUGUGCUUUAGACGGCAGAAAUCUAUUCUUUCCGCCGCCACCUGUUUCAACCGCACCUGACGUGAAUGUCUAUCAGUAUAAGAAAACAGUUGCCCAAGGGAUGAUGGAUUUGGCUCUCGUGUCGGCCAAUGCGAAUCAAUUGCGCUAUGUUCUGCAAACUGACGGCGGACACUCAUAUUAUUAUCCAUCCCUAGUUAUGAUAAGUGCCAGCUUGUUACUGCAGAUUGCUGUGGGUAUAGGACUGAUUUGGAACAGCAGGUAUAAUGUGAAGAACGACAGUGAAAUGUGCAAAGCUGUAAGAGCCAACAAUUACACUGUAAUUGGUAUAUUUCUGGUGACAAUUUUGAAUGUUUUCAUCUCAUCAUUUGGUGUUAUUGAUCAAAUGACUGCUGCAACUACAUGAUCCAAGGACCGCUAGUGAAAGCCUGCGACAAAGGACGAGGCGAAGCCACCGCGAAAGAGAGGAGUAGCGGCUGGCGUCGCCCGGAUUAAUAGCUAUGGAAUAUUGGUAUAAAUGAAAUAAAAAUUAUUUUACACUUUUUAGUGCAU